UUUGUCUUUGUUAUCAUGACUACAGCACCACCUCCACCACCUCCACCACAUCAAACCAUACCAGUCUCAUUUGGACAAAAAUCAAGACCUUACCCUACAAAACCACAACGUAUAGGUAAUUACCUUAUUCAUCGAAAAACACUUGGUUCAGGCAGUAUGGGCACUGUUAAAUUAGCAGAAUCACUUUCUGCUAAAGACCAUCAAUUGUAUGCAGUUAAGGUCAUGCCUAAAAUCAAUCUGGACACCAUCGACCCAGAGAGCAACAAGACAAAGGAUCCCAAAGAUACACCUCGAGAAAGAGAACAACGCACCAUACGAGAGAUGGCUAUUAUGCAUCUAUUACGUCACCCAAACAUCUGUCAAUUGAAAGAAUGGAUUGUUUAUGGGGAUCAGUAUUACAUGUUUUUAGAGUACAUUGAAGGCGGACAAUUACUGGAUUAUAUCAUUAGUCAUGGUAAACUACGAGAGAAAUUAGCUCGUACGUUUGCUAGACAAAUCGUCAGUGCAUUAGACUAUUGUCACCGUAAUUCGAUUGUCCAUCGAGACCUCAAGAUUGAGAAUAUUCUGAUUACCAACAACAAAGAAAUCAAAAUUAUUGAUUUUGGUCUAUCGAAUAUCUAUUCUCCUUCUAGACUCUUGAAUACAUUUUGUGGUUCCUUAUAUUUUGCUGCACCAGAAUUGCUUUAUGCACGUCAUUACACGGGACCUGAGGUGGAUGUUUGGAGUUUUGGUGUUGUGCUGUAUGUGCUAGUAUGUGGUCGAGUGCCUUUUGAUGACACUAGUUUACCAGCACUUCAUCAAAAGAUCAAAGCAGGCCAUGUAGAAUAUCCUGACCAUUUAAGCAGAGAUUGUGUGGAUUUAUUAUCCAAGAUUCUAGUGGUGGAUCCAUCACAAAGAGAAACAUUAUCAUUCGUGAUUCAUCACCCGUGGAUGAACAAAGGAUACGAUGAACCCAUCUUCAACCAUCUACCUCAUCGUGAACCCCUCACAUCCAUUGACCCUCACAUCGUGGCUGGUAUGGAAGGAUUUGGGCUCGGUUCACCUCAAGAAAUCCAAGCCAAAUUAGAAUACUUGAUUUCAUCACCCGAGUAUCAAUCAGCAGCUUCUCAGAUCCAAUCCAGUGAAGAAAGCACCAAAUGGCGAUUCUAUAAACCAUUUAUGAAUCCCAAAAAAGAUGAUCCUCAGUCCUUACCAGCCAUCUAUGACCCCUUGAUCUCGAUUUAUUCACUUGUCAAGGAACGCAGAGAAUUAGACGAAAAGCAGAAAUUACUUGAGAGUGGUGGUUAUCAAUCCCCAGUGCAGUUGGGUCGAUCUGCCAGUACUUCUUUAUCCAAAUCAACCAAAAAUCAUACAGAAGUGAAUUUGAUGCGUCGCAAGACAGAGCGUGUGCCUCCUUCAUAUGCACGUAACUUGUACAAAGACAGUCAAGAUUGGGCAGCACCUACACCUCAACGAGAGAAUCGAUCCAGUACGAUUUUACAACGCAGUAAAAGUGCAGCCAAACGAUUGGGUGCCAUGUUGAAUCCACCUUCCCUAGAAGAACAGCAACAAGAUGCUUCAUUCAGGCAAAAGACAAUUAAUUUGUUCCGAUCAAGUUCUUUAUCAGAUAAGCGACCUCGUCAACCUAAAGACACAUUUGAACCACCUAAAGGACGAUUGAUAGAAGAAGGCAUUCAACCUAAAAUAAGUGUUCAGCCUAAAAGUCUAUUCAACUUUAACCAUCGCCACUUGUUUAAAGUGUCUACAACAGACAUGAUGAAAUAUGUUCAAUAUGUGUUGCUUAAAAUGGGCAUUCGCUAUGUUCCUUCUGAACCAUUUACAUUGAAAUGUGAAUUGACAGACUGGGAACGAUGGUCUGAAUGUCAGCAAGAUGAAGCCCUUGUUCAUUCUACAAAAGAGCCCCUUCAGUUCACUUUAAUGGUCUAUCAAGCACGCUGGGCAGGAGGUAGAUUGGGUGUUAAAUUAUUAGAAGAUUAUGAUCCACUUUAUCAUACCAUUCUUCAUGAAUUGGAUCUUUUGAUUAAAACUCAGUGAUAUCCUUCUUCUUUUUCUUUUGUAUGAUGAACGCGUUAACGCUUGCAUCUAUUCAUCAAUGUGUACACAACUGUCAGAAAUGUAUGUUGGGUGACUUUGUCAACUCAUUUCGUGUGUCAGUCAAAGACAGUUCAGACAGUAAGCCUGUCUUGUUCCAUGUCCACAAAGACGAUGGAUUUCAAGAUAUU